AUGUGGCUGAAGCUGAAGCUCCCGAACCCGGGUCUGGAUGAUCGGGUCCCGUCUCACGCCGAGCUGGAGAAGCUGGAGGUGGAGGAGGCCGGAGAGCGGCCGCAGUGGGACAACAAAACCCAGUACAUGCUGACCUGUGUGGGCUUCUGUGUGGGGCUGGGGAACGUCUGGAGGUUCCCGUAUCUCUGCCAGAGCCACGGAGGAGGAGCGUUUAUGAUUCCAUUCUUGAUUCUCCUGGUUCUGGAGGGAAUCCCGCUGCUGCAUCUGGAGUUUGCCAUUGGUCAGAGACUGAGGAAGGGCAGCGUCGGCGUCUGGAGAUCCAUCAACCCGUAUCUGACCGGAGUGGGCAUCGCGGCCAUGCUGGCAUCCUUCAUCGUGGGAACGUACUACAACACCAUCAUGGCCUGGGUCAUGUGGUACCUCUUCAACUCACUGCAGGAUCCGCUGCCAUGGAGUCAGUGUCCUGUUAACGCCAACAGGACAGGUCUGGAGCCAGAAUGCGAACGCAGUUCUCCGGUGGAUUAUUUCUGGUACAGAGAGACUCUGAACAGCUCGACGGCGAUCGAGGACUCGGGCGGUCUGCAGUGGUGGCUGGUGCUCUGUCUGCUCUGCGCCUGGACAGUCUUGUACAUCUGCUGCAUCAGAGGCAUCGAGACCACCGGGAAGGCCGUGUACAUCACAUCCACAAUACCCUACGUGGUUCUCACCAUCUUCCUGAUUCGAGCUCUGACGCUGAAAGGAUCUGUGAACGGAAUUAAGUUCCUCUUCACUCCAGACGUGAAUGAGCUGAUGAACCCGACCACGUGGCUGGACGCAGGAGCUCAGGUGCUCUUCUCCUUCUCUGUGGCGUCUGGAGGACUCAUCUCCUUCUCCAGCUACAACUCGGUCCACAAUAACUGUGAGCAAGAUGCCAUCAUCAUAUCCAUUAUCAACGGUCUGACGUCAGUCUACUCCGCAAUCGUCAUUUACUCCAUCAUCGGCUUCAGAGCAACGGAGAAGUACGACACAUGUCUGGACAGUAACAUCCUGACACUGAUAAACGUGUUCGAUCUGCCGGAGGGAAACAUCACCGAGAGCAACUACGACAGUUUUCUUGAGCAUCUCAACAGCACGGCACCAUCCGCCUUUCAGGAGCUCCAGCUCAAGACCUGCGACAUGCAUACGCUCCUCAGCGAGGGAGUGGAGGGAACCGGUCUGGCCUUCAUCGUGUUCACUGAGGCCAUCACUAAGAUGCCCAUCUCUCCUCUGUGGUCAGUGCUGUUCUUCAUCAUGCUCUUCUGUCUGGGAUUGUCCACCAUGUUCGGGAACAUCGAGGGAGUCAUGGCAUCACUACAGGACCUCAACCUGCGCCCCAAAAAGUGGCCUAAAGAACUCUUCACUGGUCUGAUGUGCACUAUGUCCUUUGUGGUGGCGCUUGUAUUUGUCCAGUCCUCUGGUAACUACUGGCUGGCUCUGUUUGAUGGCUAUGCCGCCUCAAUUCCUCUGCUGGUAAUCACCCUCUGCGAGAUAAUCGCUGUGGUUUACGUCUAUGGGAUUGACAGGUUUAAUAGGGACCUUCAAUUCAUGGUGGGACACAAGCCUAACAUCUUCUGGCAGAUCACAUGGCGGUUCCUCAGUCCCAUCAUCCUCCUGGUCAUUCUGAUCUUCUACUUUGUCAAUAAAGUUAGCGAACAGCUGACCUACAGGGUCUGGGACCCUGAAUCGCAGCUCGUAAGUGAUAAUGGCCCCCAACUGGUGUCUGAAGAGUUUCAGUCUUUCCUGUGUGUGAAUGGGAUUCAACGCAUCAGAUCUGUGCCUUAUCACCCAUCCACCAAUGGCCUGGCUGAACGCUUCGUCCAGACUUUGAAGAAGGCUCUAAAGACAUCACAGGGUAAGGGUUCCCUAAACCAGCAAUUGAACACUUUUCUGUUGUCUUACAGGAACACGCCACAUGCAGUCACUAAAGUCUCCCCAGGUACUGCACUGCUGAAACGACAACUACGCAGCAGACUGGACCUGCUGAGACCAAGAGGAACCAAGCAGAUUGUCUUUUCACAACAGCAAAUGCAGGUGCAGAGGCGAUGUAAGACGCCCAACAACAACGCGCAUCUCACAUCAAACCUUGGUAAGGAUGUGGUACCAGAAAUCUUGCCCACACCACCUUCUACUGAACCUCGGGUAAGCGGUCCUUCUGGGAAUACAUCUCCUGCACCAGCUACACCAGUGACUGUGACAGACACUCUAGUAAAAACACCACCUGUGCCUCCUCUUCAUCGUUAUCCGACUAGAGUGUGGAAACCACCACAAAGACUGGAUCUCUAG